AUGGCAGGCUUCUUUGGAAUAGAUACGCUGAUUUUAACGGCAAUUAUUAUUUUGUUACUCUCUGCCAGUUGGCAUUUAUAUCAAAAGCGAAAAUUCUAUCGGAAUGUAACCUCGAAGUUGCCAACCAUUUACGGUAUUCCUUUUAUUGGGCUAUCACAUCAAUUUUUGGAUGUGAACAACUUUUACAACAAGAUUGGCAUAGGCUUUGAUAUACUCAAACAAUCAACCGGUUGCGCGUGGGUAGGCACAACACCCUACAUCAUGACCGUCGAUCCUGUGGUCAUCAAACAUGUACUCUUAUCGCCAGAAUUCCUCGACAAAGCUAAAGAUUUGUAUAAACACUUCCAUAACGGUGUAUUGAAUGGAAUCAUCGUUAGUCCAGUAAAUAAAUGGAAAUCCAAUCGCAAGGCUAUAAGCCCGUUUCUUGCACAUAAUAAUAUCAUCGGAUUUUUUCCAUGCUUCAAUGACAAUGCAAAUAAUGUGAAGAAUAAACUAAAAAGCCUGGCUGCACAAGGUGAACAGGAUAUUUUUACAAUUAUCAAAAACUCCGGUUUACAAUUGAGCCUUUUAACUAUUAUGGGUAUAAAGGUGAUAGAAGGCAGUGAGAAACAUAUCGAAAUGGUGCAGGCAUUCAAUGACUUAGUUGAUCACAUGGCAAUUGACCUCUUGUUUUGCUGGUUGGGUCUACCUUUUCUAUCCCGUACUCCGCAUUAUAAAAGGGUCAUUAAAUACCUACAUAACAUGGUACGAUCUCUUAUUGAAGAAAACCUUGAACAAAAAGUUGAGCCAGAGGCUAUGAAGGAUUUCUCAGAGGCCAAAAAACCAUUGAUUGAUAUAGCGCUGAAGGCAAUACAACAGGGAGUAUUUGGCGAAAACGAUGUGGAAAUGGAGUGUUUCACAGUGAUGGCUGCGUCUUACGAAACUUCCGUUACUGCGGCAUACACAUCCCUGGUGACGUUGGCAAUGCAUCCCGAGAUGCAAGAACGUGUUUUCCAAGAGAUUCGUACCGUAUUUCCGGACGGCGUUACAUCCGUAGAAUAUGACGAUUUGAAGAAACUCCCCUAUUUAGAUAUGUUUAUAUCAGAGGUAAUGCGUUUGUCUCCGCCAAUACCCUAUAUCGGACGUGAAGCUUCACAAGACACCGAACUUUGUCCAGGCGUAACAAUACCCAAGGGUAUGCAAGUGGUUAUACCAAUUUACGAAUUGCAUAGACGUAAGGAAAUUUGGGGCCCGGACGCAACUCGUUUCAAUCCGGAUAACUUUUUACCCGAGAACAUUGCAAAGCGUCAUCCAUGUUCUUACAUACCCUUCUCAAAAGGGACACGAAACUGUAUAGGCUUUCGUUAUGCUGAGAUCUCAUUACGUAUCAUAUUGAUACAUGCCGUGUGCAGUUUAAAAUUUUCUACCAAUUUUAAAUAUGAAGACAUCGUUCAUGUGCCAAACAUAACAUUGGGUUUUCGAAGACAGCCGCGAGUGAGCAUAGAGGUCAGAUCAAACCUUAUCAGUACGAAAAUGAUUGCCUUCAUUGGAUUAGACACACUGAUUCUAACGCUAAUUAUUUUGCUACUCUCUGCCAGUUGGCGUUUGUAUCAAAAGCGAAAAUUCUAUCGGAAUGUGACAUCGAAGUUGCCAACCAUUUACGGUAUUCCUUUUAUUGGGCUAGCUCAUCAAUUUGUUGAUGUGAAAAAAUUCUACCACAAGAUUGGUAUAGGUUUUGACAUUCUCAAAAAAUCUACCGGUUGCGCGUGGGUAGGCACAACGCCAUACAUCAUGACCGUCGAUCCCCAGGUUAUCAAACAUGUACUCUCAUCGCCUGAAUUCCUCGAAAAAGCCAAAGAUUUGUAUAAACACUUUCAAAACGGUAUAAUCAGUGGACUCAUCCUUAGCCCAGUAAAGAAAUGGAAGGCGGAUCGCAAGGCUAUAAGCCCCUUUCUAGCACAUAAGAAUUUAACGCAAUUAAUUUCAUACUUCAAUGACAACGCAAAUAAUGUGAAGAAUAAACUAACAGACCUGGCUGAACGUGGUGAACAGGAUAUUUUUACAAUUAUCAAAGAAUGCGGUUUACAAUUGAGCCUUUUAACUAUUAUGGGUAUAAAGGUGGAGGAAGGCAAUAAAAAGUAUAGUGGAAUGUUACAGACAUUUAAUGACUAUUUUGAUCACAUGGCAAUUGACCUCUUGUUCGGUUGGUUGGGUCUACGUUUUCUAGCCCGUACACCACAUUAUAAAAGGGUCCUGAAAUACCUACAUAACCUGGUACGAUCUCUGAUUAAUGAAAACGUGGCACGAAAAGUUAAGUCAGAGGACAUGAACAAUUUCGUAGACGACAAACAAAUCAUGAUUGAAUUAGCGCUGAAGGCUAUGCGUCAGGGAUCAUUUAGUGAAAAAGAUGUGGAAAUCGAGUGUUUCACAAUGAUUGCUGCGUCUUACGAUACUUCCGUUACUGCAGCAUAUACAGCGCUAGCGACGUUGGCCAUGCAUCCUGAGAUGCAGGAACGUGUUUUCCAAGAGAUUCGCUCCGUAUUUCCGGACGGAAUUACAUCCGUAGAAUAUAACGAUCUAAAGAAACUUCCAUAUUUAGAUAUGUUUAUAGCGGAAACAUUGCGUUUAGCACCGCCAAUACCCUAUAUCGGACGUCAAGCUUCACAAGACACCGAACUUUGUCCAGGCGUAACAAUACCCAAAGGUAUGCAAGUGGUUAUACCAAUUUACGAAUUGCAUAGACGUAAGGAAAUUUGGGGCCCGGACGCAACUCGUUUCAAUCCGGAUAACUUUUUACCCGAGAACAUUGCAAAGCGUCAUCUUUACUCUUACAUACCCUUCUCGAAAGGUCCACGGAACUGUAUAGGCUUUCGUUAUGCUGAAAUCUCUUUACGUAUCAUAUUGAUACAUGCGGUGCGCAAUUUUAAAUUUUCCACAAAUUUUAAAUAUGAAGAUAUCGUUCAUACGCCAAAUAUAACAUUGGGUUAUCAUAUCCAGCCGCGAGUAAGCAUAAAGAUCAGAUCAAAUUAAAUUGCUUAUAUAAUAUGCAGGGGGAAAAUAAAUAGUAUAUAAAUAGGAAAUGUGUCUUUUAUGGGAGGAGAGUACUCUAUAAGUUACAGUAUAUGUAUGUAUAAAAAAACACAAGUAUGAGUUUGAGUACACAAUAAAUAUAAAUUUAUUACAGUA